UCAAAGGUGAACACAAGAUGAAUUGUUUCAUCCUGAAUUGCCGAAUGUUUAUUCCUCUCAAUAAACCCUGUCUGAGCUGCUGAGUUCCUCCAGCAUUUUGUACAUGAUGCCUGGUCAAAGUGCAUGAAUCAGAAUCCCGCCCAACACAGUGAACCAGGCACUGCAAUCUUAAAGCAAACACUUCUGGGAGCAAGAGGGGAAGACGUACUGGAGUGUGGAGAGAUUCCACCGUGGUGGUCAUGGCUUUCCCCGGGCUCCUGGCAGCUUCCCGAUGGGAACUGCUGGUGCUGGCCGUGCUUGCUCUCUCUCGGACGGCUGCUUCUGUUCAAGACUGCGGCCAGAACAUUGGGAACUCCAGCAGCAUCCCGGAGGCGCAGUACAUCCGUGGUUCCGAAGUCGAGGCAGGCGGGCUGUCGGUGCUCUACCGCAUGGUGCACAACUUCCUCGAUAUCGUUCAGCCCAACCCCUUCCCAACAGAUAUCGUCAAAUUACUCACGGAGAACACUGAAGAAAUCCAGAACAGCUACAUGAAGGUGGUUCAGUACGAGGUCGGUUACAUCGUGUGCGCCGUCAUUGGGAUCCUCCUGUUCCUCCUCAUGCCCCUCGUUGGUCUCUGUUUCUGCUGCUGUCGCUGCUGUGGGAGGUGUGGAGGGAAGAUGUACCAGGAGCAGACCAAGUCGAUGGACACCAGGAGGAGGCUGCUGGCCGUGGCCCUGUUCGUGAUCACGUCAGUCGUACUAGCAGGAUGUGUCUGCAUGUUUGUCAGCAAUGCUAAGGCGUCAGAAAUGGUACAGGAGAGUGAGAAACUGCUGAACAACACCCUGGAAAACUUAAAACUCUACAUAAUGACCAUCCCGACUCAAGUCACAGCCAUCACAAACGGCACCUCUAUUCCAGUGAUGCUCGUCACGGCUAACCUGGACAAUAUUGGCUCGAAUCUGGGUGAAUCCAUUAAGGAGAAGUUAGGUGGAAGUGCAUACCCAGCACUGACAGCAGCAUCGAAUUUGGCUCAAGACAUCCAGGAAAUGAACGACAGACUUCUGCUGAUCAACAACACAGUGGCAAAGCUGAUUCAGCAGCAAGAGUAUCUCCAGAAGAAUCUGAGCGACAUCCAACAGAGCAUGAACAAGACCCUCAUUCAUUGUGGAUCCAAUUGUACCAGCAGCCAGGGCCUGGUGACUGGGCUCACCCCUCUCGCCAAUUUUUCCAUGAUUCCUAACAUGGACAACGUGACCAAUGCCAUGAAGCAAGUUGUGGAUUCGGACCUCCAAUCCCUUGUACAAAAGGGUUACCAAGCUUUCAAUGAUACCCCAGAAAUGGUUACCGAUCAAUCUGCCAGCACUGUGUCAGAAGUGAAGAAGAGUCUGAACGAUAUUCAAAAUCAGGUAGAAAACAUCAAAGAGCAGUUUCCAAUAUUAAACGCAACUAGCUCGAUCAAGUCGGAGAUCGACAACAUUAACAGCACAAUAACACAAUACUACCCGAAUGUUAAAGAGGCAAAUAAAUACAGAUGGAUCGUCGGGAUCGUGCUAUCCUGUAUCAUUCUCCUGAUUGUGGUCUGUUACUCCUUUGGCCUCCUGCUGGGAACAGCCUGCCUCAAAGCCAGCGUGGACCCCAGUCGGAGGAGCUCUGCGUCCCAUGCUGGAGGGAACUUCCUCAUGGCGGGAGUCGGCUUCAGCUUCAUCUUCUACUGGCUCCUGAUCCUCCUGGUCUUAAUCUUAUUCCUUGUGGGCGGCAAUGUCUACUCGUUGGUUUGCAAGCCCUGGUACAAUGGAGAAUUGUUUCAGGUAAUUGACGAUGUGGGACUGUUGGACGAGUUCGACUUGGGAGAGGCCCUCGGACUGGAGAACACCGCCCUCAACAUCAGCACUCUGUACCGCGACUGCCAGAACAAUACCUCAGCGUGGAAAGCCUUAAACCUGGGUCUCAGCUUUAACCUGGAUGAGUACCUAAACAUCAGCAAGUACACCGGGGAUAUUUCAAACCAGUUUGAAAAAUUGGAAGUCAAUUUAUCAGGCAUUACGUUACUGGAUAACGAGGGCAAGGAGAUUGCGAAGAAAGUGUUGAAAACUCAUGUUACAAAUCUCAACUUCACCAUCUUCUCUGAUCAGUUGAACCUUCCUUUAACUCAGAGUGAACUCCUUGAUACUGCAAAGAAGCUAAAGAAUCUCUCCAAGAAUGUGCCGGAAUCCGUCGAAACUGAGCUCAACCUACAGGUGGGCAAACUGGAGCAACUAGAUCGCUGGGUUAAGAGUGACAUGAUGCCAAACAUGGAAACUUUGAAAGAAAACAUUCAGAAACUUCAAGCAAAAGCUUCAGGCCUUGAGAGAGCAGUGAACACCACUUUGACGAACAUAGAAAAUGCACAGACUCUCCUCCAGACACAAGCCCUGGACAUCAUUAAGAAUGAAUCCAAGGAUUUCCUGGACUGCCAGCUGAGUUACUUCAAUCAAUAUGUGAAUUGGGCCAAGAAAAUGAUAACUCAGGAUGUAGCCCGGUGCAAACCAGCAGCCAAUGCCUUGGACUCUGUAGCGACCAUCUCCUGUUCCUACCUUCUGGACUCAUUGAAUGCUUUCUGGUUUUGCAUGGGCUGGUGCACCAUCUUCCUGAUUCCUAGCAUCAUAUUCGCAGUGAAGCUGGCAAAAUACUACCGGCGUAUGACCACCCUGGAUGUAUAUGAGAAUGGCAGCCCACAGUUUGAGAUGAGAAGAUUUAAUAAGUGAAGCCCCCAGACUAAGAUGGUCCCAACGACGCUGGCCUGCUCUGACUGUGUGGACAAAGGACAAUGAGCCUUCCCUACGUCUCCUCAUUUCUGUGUCCGUGUGACAUCACCAGCAAGCACUAAAAUUGAAUUUGUAGAGUGCAUCUUGAACAAUGUGUUUAACAAAAAUCCCAAACCCUCAGAUCAAUUUCCUGGGACCUCUGUGCUUUAGCCUCAGCCCAGCAAGUUCUCUCUCAACCACGAAGAUUGAACCAGCCCUUCUUCUUCACGUUUCUGACCACAGUGCACAUCUUUAUCACGUGCUUUGCAAGGCAACCUCCUUCUCUCCUAGUGAGCCCCUCAGAGAUCUCCUGCUCCCUACUGUUCCUUUACGCCCAGCUGUAACAUCCGUCCUUGCCUUCUGCUGACGUCCUUCACUCUCCUUUUCCAAUGGUCUCUCUUCUCCACGUGAUCUACAUUGCAUCCUUAAGUAACAUCUACCAAAGACUCCUUCCCACGUGCCAUCACAACGUUCUCUCUCACCAUCACCUCCCUUCACCAUCUUGAGAGUUUGUGGAAUCUGCUAGUCACUUAGUGGAGGGAUACAAUGCCUACAAGAAGAUCCUUGGGAAGACUUUAGUGUGGACUUCAUUUCCCAGAUCUCACUGGCCUUGGCAUCGUCUUGAGCCCGAAAGGAGCUUCACGUCUUUUGUUUUGCCAAUCAUAGGACUCCGUUAGUCUUCUGUGCUCUACCAUCUGACUGCUAAUCAACAGCCCCUCCCAUGGCCACUCUGCAGAACCGUGAUCCUCUCCACCUUUGGUCCCAAUCACCAUCCCCACCCUCUGCCCUCGACAUCCCAGCUCCUACCUGCUUCAGCAUAGCAAUUCAGGUUCUUGUUUCCCAGGGGACAUCCGGGUCCUCUGUCCUAUGACCUCCUCCAGUCCUUUUGUGCUCCAACUGUCCUCUAAUUCUGUGGAUUUCUAGUUGCCACACUACAGGAAGGGUACAAAAGAUGUACUUGGAUGAGAGAGAAUUGGCUGUACUGGAUGGCUUUUCUUUGGAGCGUUGAAUGUUGAUAAAAUUACAAGAGGGGUGAUGAUCAGAAUCAUUGUCCCAGGGUGGAAAUAAAUACCUCAGGGCACAACUUUAAGAUGAGAGGGGACAGUUUGUAGGAGAUUUGGGAGGCAAUUUUUUUUAAAUGUAGUGCGUGUUAGGUGCCUGGUAUUGCUGCAGGGGAGGUGAUCGACAUUUAAGAGGCAGCUGAACAGGCAGGAAAUGAGGAGAUGGAGACUAUGUGCAGGCAGAAUGGAUCUGUUAGAUUAGCAUUACGUUCAGCCCUGACAUUCUGAGCUGAAUGGCCGGUUCCCAUACUCUGUUGCCCUGAUUUUAAUCCUUUCAUCAGCCCCUAUUCUAACUUCUUCAGCAUUUCAGGUCUAGCCUCCGACUGUCUGGGCCUGGCAUCCCUGUGUUCGCUCUCUAAACUCCUCUGCCUCACUCUUCUUCAGACACUCCAAUGUCAUUGAAACCCACCUCUUUGAGCGCACUGUCACCUUCUUUUGAGGUCAGAUAACUAUCCUGUGGGGCACCUUUACCCGUUAAGCCGCACAGCAUUUGCUGUUUACAAUGGAGCUAAAGAGGUAAAAAAUAAAAUUGUAAAUAAAUUAAAAGUUCUUUUGAUUAUGCUAUGCACUACUUCCUGUUUUCC